AUGUCCACUGACCGACAGCCUGAGUUCUACGUUCCACCAGAUGCCAUCUCACCCAUUGCUUCUCCACUCGCCGGUCGAAAACUUUCCAAGAAAGUCUUCAAAACUGUGAAGCGUUCUUCCAAAGUCCGACAAUUGCGAAGAGGGGUAAAAGAGGUCGUCAAGGCUCUACGUAAAGGAGAAAAGGGAUUAUUGGUCCUGGCGAGUAAUAUCACUCCAGUGGACGUCAUUAGUCAUUUACCCCUACUGGCCGAGGAGGCGGCGGGGGUAGAGUAUUGUUGGGUGUUGAGCAAGGAAGAACUGGGGGCUGCGGGUGGUACAAAACGCGCGACGUCCUGCGUCCUGGUCAGGUGA